GAGAGAAUCAUGAGGGGCCAACGUUUCGAGGAAGUUCUCGAGAAUGUGAAGGAACUGGUUGCCGAACGAGAUCGAGUGGCCGCCGCCGGUGAGAACUUCUGCCGCCUUACUUUUCAGCUUACUUUCCUUGAAGAGAACUAUCAGGAAGUUCCUGAUAUCAUUGAACUCGCCGCGAACUUGGGCAUAAACCGUGUGAAGGGGCACCACUUGUGGGCACAUUGGUCUGAGAUGGCUGGGCGUGCCAUGAAGCGGAAUGUUCAGGCGGUUGAGGCCUGGAAUCAGAUGGUACCGAAGGCGUUGAAGGUUGCAGAGUGCCAUGGAAUAAAGCUGGAAGGCAUUGAUUUCAUCCCGGAGAGUGCGGGCGAAGAUCUGGCUCCGGGCGCACCGUGCCCUUUCCUGGUGAAGGAGUUUUGGGUUGCAGCUGAUGGACGCUUCAACCCAUGCUGUGCUCCCAACGAACAGCGCCUAUCUCUUGGGUAUUUUGGCAACUUGAAUGAGGACUGCAGCGUGACAGAGUUGCAGAGUUGUGGCGGACCGGAAGACAUGGAUUGA